UCCUGAACUUCAGAAAAACACCUAACMUUAAAUUUCCUGAAGAACAAAAGACAAUUUUUCACUAAUUGUAAAUUACUGGACAAAUUUACAUGAGAUUGAAUUAAAAAAUCACAUUUGUGAUGUUAAGAUGUUAUCACUCUCUAGAGAACUUCAAAAUUUCGCUUGUAAAUGAUAAAAAAUUUUAGUACAAAAUAUACAAAGGCUAAGACACGAGGUAGUGUCAAUUGAAGUGUUAACACUGAAAGCGAAUAAAUUUUUUUUUAUUAAAUAUUCAAUUAUUUUCACAUUAAAUUGAUCCGUACGUACGAAUUUUAAAUAAAAAUUUCGUUCAGCGGUGAAGUGAAAUCCAAGUACGCUGGAGUAUUAAAAUUAAGUUGUUGAACUAGCUGUGUUUAAUCAAAUGCUGGGCGACGCCAUUUUCCGCGCCCGGAGAGGGGUAUCUAUUGCUUGGAAAUAAACACAAAAUGGGUUCGUUGUUUUGAAUACUCAAAAAUCAUUUCCAACUUAAAUUCUUAGUGGCAAUUAUGUGUGACUUGUGAAUAAUUCAAUUCUCUGGUAUCUUAUUAUUUCAUGAAGAUAAAAUUUACACCGAAUCUAUUUUAUCCACAGCUUUUCAAUGAGAGUUAAUGUACAUUUGAAAAUUAAUAUUAAUUUAUUUCCAUGUUUUACAUACAAAGAUUAAUUAAUUUACUAUCAAUUAUUAGUUAAUAAAUGUUGAUUCACGAAGAUGGCCAUGAGAAAUAAUUUGAAUAGCACUUUCAAAAAUAGCAGUUAUAAACAAGUAAAACGAUCUAACGGUAAAUACGGGCAUUUGUCAUUACAUAGUGGGAUUAGUAAAUGUGAUAUUUGUGGAAAAAAUUUUCAAAGAAUGAAGUUAUUUGACCAUAUCAGGGAAUCUCAUCAUCAAUAUUUUUGCAUGGUUUGCAAAGCUAGAUUUAAGUUACAUAAAGACUUGAUAAGUCACAUACAAGAUAUUCAUCAAUUAGUAGCUUCAGAUAAUCUUAACAAAUCUCAAGAUGUAUUUUGUGAUAGUGUUAAUAAAAGGUACUUUGCUCAUCCUCUUCUUUCUYCUCGACUUCCAAUUCCGCCUACUACAAAUUCUCAAUUUUCAAGUAGUAGCUCUGAAGAUGAUGAAUUACACUUAGAUAACAUAGAUGUAAUGGACGUUGUUUUGGGUACUAAAAAUUGUGAACAACGUAAAGAUGAAACGGAAAUAAGUUUUAUUAUUGAUGACAUUAUAAAAUAUGUUAUAGAUGAUGUUAAAGCUGAUGACCUUUUUGAAAGCACAUUACAAGACUUAAGUUGUUCUGAUAUAUCAGUAACUGAUGAAUUUGAUAACAAAAAUCUUAAAAAAUUAGGUGUUUCAGAAGAAGACACUUAUGAUACACAUCAUUCUAUAUCUCAAACAAAUCAUGACAAUUGCAUGUCUACAAAUAUACAUAUUACUGAAAACAAUGAGUUGUCAAUUAAAAAAUUAACCCAAUCUCCAAUGAAUGUGGAUUUAAUAUCUGUACAAACAUUACAAAAUCUUGAAGAAGAAUUUAAACUUGGAAUUAAAAAUAUGUCUACAGUUUUAUCAGAAAAAAGUCCUUGGGUGAAUGGACCAGAUGCACUACAAAGUAUUAAUAACUCAACAAAGAAUGAUAAUCUUCUUGUUAUGGCUUUAACUCUUGAUCAUAAAUUGACAGAUAUGAAAAUAAAUGUAAUACUUAAAGAAUGCAUUAGAACUUCAUGUUUAACAUGUGUGUAUUGUCACAAUUCAACUUGUAUUGCUGUCAAUGGUAAACAACUAGCACUGCAUAUGAUAGAAAAACAUCGUUUUAUGACUGUAAAAAAUGAAUCUUCUGCGGAUGUUGUUAAUAUCUUAAAAUCGAAUUUGAAUGCUUUAGAAAAUAUUUAUUUAAACUCUGAAAACUAUGACUCUAGUGAUGAUUUAAGUCAUACACCAUUUAACAAUAUUUUCUAUUGUUUCAACUGUCAAUUUACAUCGAAUCAAAUGAAAGAAGUAAACUCUCAUAAACGAAGUGUUCAUUCAAGAAAAACUUAUGACUGUAUUAUGUGCAAAAUAACUUUUUCAAAUUAUGGAGAACUGCAUUGUCAUUUAUGUCCUGGUGCAGAUCUUGGUGUUUGGCAAAAUGUAUUGUUUAGAUGCUUAUUUUGUGGCCAAGGUAACAUUCCAUCGGCAUUUCGAUGUAUGGUUCAUUUAAGAAAAGCUCAUAAUGCGUGUGAUUAUUGUUUGGAAACAUUCUCCAAUCAACAAAGUUUAGCAUUACAUGUUAAUAAGCAUAAGAUGAGGCAUAUGUGCUUGAAAUGUAACAUUACUUAUCUUAGCAAGAAAGAUAUAUUUGAGCAUAUGUUUUGGAAGCAUAAUAGAGACAGCAAAGAAUGUAAAUCAUGUUUAACUAAAAAAUGGCCUUAUACAUAUCAUUUCUGUGUUCCACCUGCAAUGUUCACGUGUGACGAAUGUAGAAGAACAUUUUCUAAUGCUUUAUUACUAAGAGUACAUGAAAGAUGGCACUCUGGAAAUGUCCCAUAUGAAUGUAAUACUUGUUCUAAUAAAUUUAUUUCAAAAAAGUUACUUAAGAAACAUGAACUAAUUCAUAAAGAAGUAAUAUCUCCUAUAAAAAAGAAAAAAAAGAAGAAGAAAAAAGGAUUUGAUUAUAAUCUCCCUCCACUAAAUCUUUCUUCUGACAGUGAUACAGAGAAAACUCCUCGUCAUAAACCCGAAAAAUUUUUAAAAUCACCAAGCCCAAGUGGUAACUAUUGGGAUUAUGUUAGUAAACAAAAAAAAGAAUUAGUCCAUAUUGCAUUAUUAGAUCAUGACUAUACUUUAUUGUCCACAACUAGUCAAUCUGAAAUAGUAAAAUCUCCUCCAUAUCCAGAUGAAUUAGCAGCUAUUGUAAAUGGUAGUGAAAACAUAUUAAACAAUUCUUUUAAUAUGUCAAGUCAAAGAUCAUCAUGUUCAUCACACUGUAAUUCAUCAUCUUCUUCAUCUAGUUCGUGUGGAUCAAAUUGUUCAUGUUCUUCGUCAUGUUCCUCAUCAUGUGACUCUGAUAAAGAAGAAAAGAAAAAACCAGUAAUUGAAAGCCCAAAAAAACAUAAAAAGAAGAAAAAAGAAAAAAAAAUCAAAGUAUUAAGUGCUAAGAAAAUAGCAAAUUUCAAUUUGUGUGCAUUAGAAUCUGAUUUGGAAAGCGAGUUUUCAAAUACAGAUAAUGAAGAAUAUUAUGAUAUUAAUCCAAUCCCUUUACAUCCGGAAGUAAAUAAUAAAGAAAUAGUUCAAUUGAAGCAAGAAAGUCUUAUCGAAAAUACUUUAACUUUACCUAAAGUUAACAGUAUAGUAAUACCUCCCAUUACUUUACCAAAUGAUAACAAUUUUAAAUUAUCAAACCCUCAUCAAUGUACUAACAUUGAAUCUCAAAUAUUAAAUAAAAGCGAAUUAAUUGAUGUACCCAGUAAUACAUUUAAAAUAGCUGAUUCAUAUGAUAUAUAUAGUAAUAAUUAUUCAUCAUCCAUAAAUAAUUUAUCUCCGCCAUUCAAUAAUUUUUUAUUACCUAAUGAAAAUAGGGAAAGUAUUGGGAAUAAUUUAGAUAAACAUUCAGUUACUAUUUGCAAUGGCAAUAAUAAUUUACAUAGUAUAAAAAAUGAAUUAAACUCGAGUUUAUGUCAUGGUAAAAAAGUUGUACACAAUUAUUUUACACCUCAAAAAACAAGAAAACGUCUUCAUUCUUCAUCACCUACAAAACGUAAAUUAAAACUAAAGUCAUCAAAAGAAACUCCUCUAUUAUCGAAAGUAGUAGCAAGCAUUCCUUCACCACUUUCUAUAAACUCUUCUUAUUCAACAUGUUCACCUAAUUUAUCCGGAAGCCCUAUGUCGUCAAAUGAUACUCGUCAGUCUAAACGACAACCAAAAAAGAGGAAAUUUUUUGGUUAUGAGAGUAGUGAUGAAGAAAAACUACAAAAUGGAGAUUCAUCUUUUUUGGUUCAACAAUUAUCCCUUCAUAUUCCGUCUGUGACAAAAAAGAAGCAAAAACGGAAACCUAAACCAGUAUCACCUCUUCAACAUCAACAUUCAACUACUAAAUUGACACAAUCUCAUCAAACAAGGCCUAUUGUAGAUGUUCGAAUAAGUAAAAUUGUUAUACCCCCUGAUGUUACUGACAAUACAGACAGUGAUUCUGGAAAUUUAAUAAUUGAACUUCCUAAAUUUGUUGAACAGAAAGCAGUUCAAAGUACAGAACGACUAUAUUGUCACUGUAGGUGCCCAUACGAUGAAGUUUCUGAAAUGAUUGCAUGCGAUAAUCCUAAUUGUCGUGUCGAAUGGUUUCAUUUUGAUUGUGUUGGUAUCACAGUUGCCCCAAAAGGUAAUUGGUACUGUCCAGAUUGUCGUUGAUUAAUGUUAAUUCUAAAAUAUGUUUAUAUUCAUUAUAACCAAUGUACUUUAUCUUCUUUGUUACAUUUUUUUUUUUUACAUAUUUGUUAUACGUUUAACUUUGUACAAAAAAAAAUAUGGUAUUCUUGUAAAUGCAUUUUUGGCUUUUUCUCAUGCAAACCUGAAAAUCAUGUUACAAAAGAAAUUGAAAUAGGUAUAUUGACAUAAAUUACAAUGUAAUGUAUUUAAACUUAUACUUAUGUAUAUUUCUUAUAAUUUAUUCUUUUUUGUAAACUAGAUAUUCCUAAAUUGUUGAUG